GGAACCGGAAGCUUGGACUUGUCAAGUGAAGAAAAACGGUAGCGCCCGGCCUCCAGGGCUGUUUCAUCUUCUGCUGUGCUCCGAAGCUGACGGCUCGCUGCAGGAGCAGCUGCUGUCACCAUGGCUCUCAGCGACGCCGACGUCCAGAAGCAGAUCAAACACAUGAUGGCUUUCAUCGAACAGGAAGCAAAUGAGAAGGCCGAAGAAAUAGAUGCAAAGGCAGAAGAAGAGUUCAACAUUGAGAAAGGUCGUCUUGUGCAAACGCAGAGACUGAAGAUAAUGGAGUAUUAUGAAAAGAAGGAGAAACAAAUUGAGCAGCAGAAGAAAAUUCAGAUGUCCAACUUGAUGAAUCAGGCGAGAUUGAAAGUCCUCAGAGCCAGAGACAACCUUAUCUCAGACUUACUAACUGAAGCGAAGCAGAGACUCUCCAAGGUAGUGAAAGACACAACCAGGUAUCAGGUGCUUUUGGAUGGUCUAGUCCUUCAGGGUUUAUACCAGUUGCUGGAGCCACGAAUGAUUGUCCGUUGCAAGAAAGAAGAUCUCCCUCUGGUCAAGGCUGCAGUGCAAAAAGCAAUCCCUAUGUACAAGAUUGCAACCACAAAAGAUGUUGAUGUCCAAGUUGAUCAGGAGGCAUAUCUGCCAGAAGAAAUAGCUGGAGGUGUUGAAAUUUAUAAUGGGGAUCGUAAAAUAAAAGUUUCUAAUACCCUGGAAAGUAGAUUGGAUCUUAUAGCCCAACAGGUGAUGCCAGAAGUCCGUGGGGCCUUGUUUGGUGCUAAUGCCAACAGGAAAUUUUUGGAUUAAGCCUCUGAUGAGGUGGGAUCCAUUCCAUCUGCUGUAUUGAUGAGUUAUGUGUCUAAAGUUGAAGAAACAACUAUGAAUGUUCCUCCUUUCUGAUGCUCUGACAUUGUCCUAUGUCCUUAAGUGGAGUAGCCUUUGUAUAGAAUGCCAUUAGCCUAUUUGUUAACUUUGGGAGAGAAUUUAUGGACUUAAAUUGUCAACAAGUAACCUAGUUCAUCUAGAUGUGACUAAGUUCUGAUCUCUACAUUCUGGGGACAAGGGGAUUACAUAUCAGUUGCAUGGUUUUCACUGAGAAUCCUUCUAUGAUCUGCCUUAGAUUGGAGUGAGCUGUGUACGUGAGGUAUAUUAUAGCCUCUUUGUAUUUUAUUUCUGUAGGUUACUUUAAUAUGCAUAAGGAGCAUGCAUUCACUCCUGCAUUAAUAGUAUUACCCCUGUCAACUAUUUGGGCUGAGAGGCUUUCCUCAGGUAUAUCUGUGAUUCAAAAACCCAAGCUAUAUGAAUAUGCUUUAUUUGUUAAAAUAAAAACUAUGUGGAUCAAACUA